AUGGGCAAUAGUUUAAGGUGUUGUUUGGCUUGUGUUCUUCCUUGUGGAGCUCUAGACCUCAUCCGUAUAGUCCAUUUAAACGGCCACGUCGAAGAAAUCACGCGACCGGUCACUGCCGGCGAGAUCCUCCACGCCAACCCUAAUCACAUCUUAACCAGACCCAGCUCUCAAGGUGUUGCACGUAAAAUUUCGAUCAUCUCUCCUGGAUCCCAGCUCAAAAGAGGCGGCAUUUACUUCUUGAUCCCCAAAUCUUCCUUACUAUAUGACGAGAAGAAAAAGAACCACUUACGCCAUAAAAAGUCUUUCGGCAAGAGCAAAAAAUGCGACCGUAAUGAAGCUUCGGAUUCCGACCGCUGUUCCCUACUAAACACCAGUAUUUCAGAAACGAAGCGUUCAGGCCGCGAUCACAGAGAUUGUCGGAACAGUCGUGGACGAGUAUGGCAGCUCAUCUCGCUAGCAUCUCCGAGGACUAACAAUUUUUUCCGGUGA